GGAUCACCGCCCAUAUCCAGCCCUAACCUCAUGAGUGGUAGUGCUCCCAUCUCACAGUCCCCUCCCGACUCUUUCCUUCAUCCUGGCGGAGCACAAGAUAAAAAUGGAGAGGCUCUUGAUUCUAUUGUCAGAAUCAAUUGAUUAAAAUAAAAUCUUUCAACACUGGGGAGGAUCGAGGGAGCAAGUCUGAAGUAUAUGGUUCUGCAGCAAACUCGUUAUUGUUUCAAUUAGAUAAUGAAGUCUACAGUAUAUAAUCUGCUUUCUGCACUAGCUCCUCUUCACUAUGAUAACCUCACAUACUGUCACAAGCAAUCAUUGAAGAUACUUAAUAGAUUUUCUGGUCAGCAUAAGAGAUUUCAUUCUCUUAUGGGGAAAGAUCCAGUUCAUUUGGAAAAAAGAAUGGUUGAUGGACAGUAUCUUCCUCCUUGGUUCAGGUGAAGAUGCUCAGUGUUGCUCCAAUGAUGGAUUGGACGGAUAAUCACUAUAGGACUCUUGCUCGACUCAUAUCAAAACAUGCAUGGCUUUACACAGAAAUGGUUGUGGCAGAAACCAUCGUUCAUCAAAGGAACAACUUGGAUAGAUUCUUGGCAUUUUCUCCAGAGCAGCACCCAAUUGUUCUACAACUUGGAGGGAGUAAUUUGGAGAACCUAGCAAAGGCAGCUGAAUUUGCAAAUGCUUACUCUUUUGAUGAACUUAAUCUAAACUGUGGAUGCCCUAGUGGAAAAGUUGCAGGUCAUGGUUGCUUUGGUGCACGUUUAAUGUUUGACCCAAAGUUUGUUGCGGAUGCUAUGUCAGCCAUUGCUGCCAAUUGUAGUGUUCCUGUCAGCGUGAAGUGCAGAAUAGGAGUAGAUGAUCAUGAUUCGUACAAUGAACUCUGUGACUUUGUUUAUGCAAUUGUUUCUAACUCGCCAACUAGACAUUUUAUUGUACAUGCACGGAAGGCAUUGCUCAGUGGCCUCAGUCCUGCUGAGAAUCGGAAGGUUCCUCCUCUAAAAUAUGAGUACUAUUUUGCCUUGUUGCGUGACUUCCCAGAAGUACAGUUUACUAUCAAUGGAGGCAUCACUGGCAUUGAUCAGGUAAAUGCAGCCCGAAGACAAGGAGCCCAUGGGGUCAUGGUUGGCCGUGCUGCUUAUAAUAACCCAUGGUCCACUCUGAGACAUGUUGAUAGUGCUGUAUAUGGUAUCCCAACUUCUAGUCUUUCACGUCGCCAGAUCCUUGAAAAGUAUCGGAUGUAUGGUGAUUCUGUUUUAGGAAAAUAUGGACCUGGCAAACCGAGUAUUCGACAACUUGUUAAGCCAUUACUGAACCUAUUUCAUUCAGAACCUGGAAAUGGUUUGUGGAAACGCAAGGCUGAUGCUGCAUUGCGCCGCUGCAAGACAAUUGAGUGUUUUCUUGAAGAGACCUUGGAUGCCAUUCCUGACUCUGUUUUGGAUUCAACCCUUCACAGAAGCCCAUCAGAUUGGGAAGGGAGUUUUGCUGAUAUUGAUGGCAUGUUACCUCCUCCAUAUAAAUUAAGUUUGCAGCAGUCAAUGAGUGUAUCAGCUUGUCUGGGCAUCUCAAAUUGAGCCUAAUUCCCAGGCAUGUAUUGUAUAUUAAAUUUUAUAUAAUCAUUUGAAAUGCUGGUAAAGGUGCAGACAAAAAUUGUAUUCUGGAUACAUUUUUGCAAUAUCCUUAUUUAACAUGGCAAAAA